GCUAUUCGAAACUCCGAACGCAUCGACCGUAGCGGCAGCUUUGCGGAGUGGCGAUGGAUAUAUCGCGCAUCAGUAAACUGGGAAAGCUCUUCAGGAAGAAGAAGGGGUUGGACCUUCGCCCUCAAUCCGUCUAUGACCUUCAAAAGUUCCGCGAUACAUACCUCGCGGCCGCGGCACGACAUCAUGUGACGCCACCUCCUUGCAUCGAUAAGAUGAUAUACAGAGCCAUCUCGACACAGAAAGACAUCACGACGAUGGAUUUUCGUGAAGAAAACAUCACCGACGAUCAACUGCUCGCGCUAGUGGAAACCUUGCUGGAAAUGCCACUCGUGUCCACGUUGGACUUGCGCGACAAUUCCAUCUCAGACAGAGGAGUGCGUGGGAUAUUGGAACUCAUGCGCCACCAGUUGGUCCUGGUAAAGGGAUCUCCGGGAUCCCUUCUGCCGUCGUCAUCACCACCCCUUUCCCACGACAAGCUUCCCGGCCACACUCGCUUGCUCACGUGUGUGCAGCUCAAAGGCAACAACGUGUCGGACGAGUUGUCGCAGCACAUUCGACAGUACUCUGCGGUAUUGCUCCGGGAAGACAAACGCCUGGAAAUCCAAGCCGUCCUCGUUCAAAUCGACUACAACGCAUCUGGGGGGGUGGACGAAGGUGAACUUCGCGUCGCGCUCAAACUUUGCGGAGGGGGCGACGAGCCCACGAAGAAGGACCUGACGUACUUUUCCGACCAGCUCAGCGCCAUGACGUGGCAAAACGAUGGCGGGUUCAACGCCCGUUCGUGUCUUGAGAACCUGCUCCUGGCCAAGUAUGCCAAAUCGCCGCCCAAGAGAGACACUGCGGGCAUGCCUCCGUGGGACUCGUUGGUUCAGAUUCGACACGCCGAACUCGUGAAGCCCUUGGGUUUGUUCGUCGUGGAUUCACGUGUCGGGGGUAGUCGACCCCCUGCGUCCCCGUAUUCCAAACCGGCGAAUCACGAGGACGAGCUGUCGUCUGCUGCAUCAAGUCCAGAGUAUCCACGCCGAAACUCGCCCGAUUUGAAGUCGUUGUUGCAUGAAGAGCCCGUCGUGGGAAAAACCAAUGGGGAACCCAUUGCUGCACCUAUUGAGAAUGCAAUAGUUUUGCACGAAGAGCCGUUGGUGGACGACCGUCCGUGCAUUCCGUUUGAAGACAAUGACGUGGAGGUGGGAGGCGACGAAAAUGCUGCGAGCGACGACGAUCGCGAUGGCUUCCAUGUGCAUAUUGAAGUCGAAGAAGGCGGGACAGUAGACACACCUGUUUCAGACGACCUGAACGUCGAACAGGCUGACGACGGCGAAGCCGAUCAAGACUACGCUGCUGCAUCAUCAUUCGACGAGGGCUAUCAAGAUCCGUCACCAAAGAAACCAGAAACUACGGCUUUGGAUGAUUACGCAGAUACCAUUCUCUACGACGAAGACAAAGGGCUCCCAAUUGCGACAGAAGUACCGUCGGGUGCAGAUGCGAGCGCAGUGCCUGAGGUGGUCGAGACGACGUUGCCUGAAGUGUGCCUUGUGAACGACGUGGUGGUCCAGCAACAGAGGCGAACUGUGGCCAAACUGCAGCACAACGACAUUCGAACAGGCUUGUCGUUGUCCCGGGCGUUUGAGGCCAUUGAUUUUGUCAAUGUGGUGGCGGUCGUGUUGUCCAACAACUUGUUGGAAUCCGUCGCGUUCUUGAAAGAUAUGGAAUGUAUGCGGGCCCUACGGGUGUUGGAUUUGUCCAACAACCAACUCACAAAACUGGCCGCGUCAAACAUGGUGGGCAUUCGCAACGUCGAGGUCCUGGACUUGUCGAAGAAUCACUUCAAAUCUAUCUGCGGAAUUGAACACUUGACCAAGCUACGAGCUUUGAGUUUUGAAGGCAACUUCAUUCGAUGUGCCAAGAACCUCGAGUGCCUCGAGCAAUUAGAGAUCUUGAACCUAUCGUACAAUGCGAUCAUUGUACCACAAUCGCUCCGGCUCCUGUCGAUGAACAAGAACUUGACGCACUUGAACAUUGACGAAAACCCCGUCGUGAGCCAGGGCAAACAUCGAGCAAACAGCGCGCACAUUCUAAACAUCAUCCCAACCUUGCGGUCCCUCGGAUGUAUCCACUUGGCUUCACUUAUUAUCAAGGACAAGAAGAAACAACACCCACCCGAAGGAGUUUCAACCACCUCCAGCACGUCGAUGUUUGAGUUUCUGGAACUGCCUCGGCCGUGGGUCGAUUCAGCGUGCGACUUGCUGGGGCUCGUGUGCGAUCCACCUCAUGACGCCCCGCCGUCUCCUGUUCCAAAGGUGUCGCGUACCCAUCAAAAGUCCAAGGACGAACAGCGCAGCAAAGCACUGCCCCACCACGUCGCUGCUCGGAAAACUCCACCAGUGAAACCUCCCCCCGCCGCCACUGCUGCUGCUGCUGCUGCUGCGACUUCUUCCAAACCCACUGUUUCAUUUUCCAGCCAGCAAAAAGUGGCCAUUGCACUCAGUACGCCACGGCAAGUCUCGGCCGCUUGCAAUGGACCGCCGCCAGGCGUCCUCUGCCAUCCCCCUCGACCGACCCGUCCCACAUCGCAAGUGAAAAUCAACGUGGCUGCCGUGCCAUUGACGAAAAACUUUCUCCAGCCGACAAAAGCCUCGCUGUAUAACCACGCAGAACACAAGAAGGCCCGCGACAAAGCCAAAAAGAAGAAAAAACCUGCCAACGCCCUGUACAAACGGCUCAAACGACGAGAGGACCAACUUCGACACGCCGUGGCUACGUCCCCCGUAAAACUCGUGCUGGCAGAAACCCAACUCGUGGACUUGCCCGUACUCGACCCUACGUCAAAAUGGACUGCUUCACCAACCAAAACACUGUACGAAUCCUCGGUCAAGCCCGGACCUCUGAUCGUCACGUCCACCGAUUCGUUCUUGGCCCAGAUUCGCCUCAACGAAUUCAUCACGUUGGUCACUGAAGAUCAUGCGACUGCGAGCACCGCAUUGGACAUUCUCUUGGGGCUGUGCGAACGCAGCAGCGGAGAUAUGACCACAUUUACAGCGUACACAGCCAACUUGGAAUCGUUGGAUAUUUUUGCGGACCUGGUGGUUUCCCCAUCGAUCCAAGCCGUUCUUGACACUGCCACCGUCGAAUCGUCGACGCAGCCAUUGCCGCUCCUGGCGCUUUUGGCCGAACUCAAUCUACUCAAGCAAACACUCAAACAGCUCGUGCACCAUGUUGCGACCACAGCGACCGGUCUGGGGUCGACACAACUUCGCGCGAUGUGUGCGUCCAUUCGGUCAGGCCAGCUCCGUCACCUGUUGCCAUUGACACCUUUGACGGUGGUGCAGCCUCCCAAACUGGAAGUUGCGCCUAUUGUUCCUCCACAACACCCUUUAGCUGCUGCAACAGUAUCAGGGACGUCGCUCGAUCUGCUGUCACCUGUGCACAAUCCAGUGGUGCCGUCAACUGUGACCCAAAAUGACACACUCGACCUUGAAGACGACAGCCCCUUUGAUUUGAAUAGUGGCAACGACGACGACUUCCUAGCGGAUGCUGCAAAUGUCCUCGCAUCGACGGACGAAUCCGCAACAUCAUCCCUUUAUCCAGAAGCUCCAACAACACUGAAUGGCGCCAGUCCUGCUGCUCAAGUGUCACAAGAUGAUUCGUCGCUUGAAUUUGACUUGGCAGUAAUAGCCGAAACUAUACCGAUACCAGAAGUGGACAAGCUCACGUCGCCAACUCCUCUACAUGAUGACCCAUUUGACGCCGACGACGUUUUUUUGGAAGACUUGCCCGCUGCCUCAACAACUCAAGCAGUGCCUGACGGUACAACUGCGAACGAGACGUUGGAUGGCGGCGGUCACGACGACGAUGAUCUUAACGCCGUCGUUCCUGUUGACUCAACCCUAGCAGCAGCACACGACGAUGGGUUGGAUGAAAACGAAGUCGAAGCAGCUGACGACGUUGCGGGGGGUGACGACAAAGCAGUAGACGACGACGGGGACGACAUGAAAGCAGAAGCGGACGAAGAAGAUGAAGGCGACGAGGAAGCAUUGACGUUUGGGGAUUGGGAACAAGGAUUUGACGAAGGCUCGAACCAUCAUUACUGGUUCAACAAUGUCACGGAAGUGAGUUCUUGGACACCACCGGAAGGAUGGCCACACCCGUUCGACACGCAAGGCGCCGCGGACGACGAGGAAGGUGAAGAAGUCGACGACGAUGUCGCAGAUAACGAGGGCAAUACCACUGACGACGCGGAAAUGUCUCUUGAAGCGCGCAUCGCGAUGGCGUUGGGUGGCGGAUCUGCUGCCAACGACGGCGACGACGAUGACGACGAGUUUGACUUUGCCGACGAUGCGUUGCCAGACUUAUAACAAAUUCGUACUGCAUAACGUUAGUAUGGAAUUUCGUUGCUAAUUUUUGAGUGGCCUUUUGGUGUAACGGGAA